AUGUCAUCAUCUUCAUCAUCCGAUUCGACGACUCUAGAGGAGGCUAAGUUUAUCGGUUCCGUCAUGGCGAAAACGGUUGCACACUAUCAAAACCGAUUAGGCGAAACAUCACGUGCACGAUCUAAACCAAGAAAGUUGCGGUUGCUUAGAAAUCACGAAAACGAACACGAUUGUCUUAUAGAAAAUUAUUUUGCAGAUGACGCCAUCUACGCUGUAAAGUUUCAAUAUCGGUUCCGGAUGAGGAAGGAACUAUUGUUACAUAUUGUUGGCGAUUUGGAAGGCCGAUUUCCAUAUUUCCAAUGGAAAAUGGAUGCAAGGCGGAUAAAAUGUUUCUCACCCAUUCAAAAAUGUACGGAUGCAAUUCGUCAGUUAGCAUACGGCAUGGGCACAGACAAACGGGAUCAGUAUUUUAGGAUGUUAGAGCGUACUGUGCGGGAGUGUGUGUAUAAGUUCUGCAAAGCGAUCUGUUUGGUUUAUGUGCAACGAUAUUUGUGCAAACCAACUAUUAACGAUAUUCACCAAUUGUACACGGUGCAUGAAGGCAAGCAUGGAUUCCCUGGAAUGCUUGGUAACAUCAAUUGCAUGUAUUGGGGCUGGUCAUUAUGCCCCAACGCAUGGCGUGGUCAGUAUAAGAGAGGCGACUACAAAGAGCCGACGAUCGUUCUAGAGGAUAUCGCAUCAAAUGAUCUUUGGAUAUGA